AUGCAACCUCAACCAGGCCUUUCCCGCCUGGCCUCAUCCCCUGACUUUAUGGAGGCAUCCCACCUCGUUUCCAUGUCAUCGCCCCGUGUCUCCCCAUCCCAGUCACGGCUCAAGUACAUGUCCCUGGGCGUGCUGGUGCUGCAGACCACCACACUGGUGCUCACCAUGAGGUACUCGCGAACACUGCAGGGCGAGGGGCCCCGCUACCUAGCCUCCUCAGCCGUGGUGUCGGCCGAACUGCUUAAGAUCCUCAUCUGCCUGCUGCUCGUCUUCUAUGACCACAGCUUCAGUUUUUGUGUGUUGAAUCGGGUGCUGAAGGAAGAGAUUCUCAACAAGCCCAUGGAGACGUUGAAGCUGGCCAUUCCAUCAAGCAUCUACACACUCCAGAAUAACCUUCUCUAUGUUGCCCUGUCCAACCUGGACGCUGCUACCUACCAGGUGACGUACCAGCUGAAGAUCCUGACCACGGCCCUGUUCUCAGUAUCCAUGCUGGGGAAGAGACUGGGGCUCUACCAGUGGCUGUCCCUGCUCAUCCUCAUGACUGGUAUCGUUCUCGUUCAGUGGCCUACAAAGUCUCUGGAUGUGUCAUCUCUGUCUGCAGGCUCCCAGUUAGUCGGUGUGAUAGCCGUACUGAUAGCCUGCUUCUCCAGUGGCUUUGCUGGAGUCUAUUUUGAGAAGAUCCUCAAAGAGACCAAACAGAGUGUGUGGGUCCGCAACAUCCAGCUAGGUUUGUUUGGCCUAGUGUUUAGUCUAAUGGGAGUGUUUGUGUACGACGGUGAGAGAGUGAGGGAGUCCGGUGCGUUCCAAGGCUACAACCCACUCACCUGGACUGUUGUGGCCCUGCAGGCUCUGGGUGGGUUGGUCAUAGCAGCAGUCAUUAAGUAUGCAGACAACAUCCUGAAGGGGUUUGCCACCUCACUCUCCAUCAUCCUGUCGACACUCAUAUCCUACUUCUGGUUGGAGGACUUCGACCCCACCAGGACAAGGACCCAAAACACACCUCCAGGCUGUGUAAGGGCUAUUUGACCAAUAUGGAGAGUAAUGGAGUGCUGUAUCAGAUGACCUGGCUUCCACAAUGACCCGACCUCAACCCAAUUGAGAUGGUUUGGGAUGAGUUGGACCGCAGAGUGAAGGAAAAUCACCCAACAAGUGCUCAGCAUAUGUGGUAACUCCUUCAAGAGUGUUGGGAAAGCCUUCCAGGUGAAGCUGGUUGAGAGAAUGCCAAGAGUGUGCAAAGCUGCCAUCAAGGCAAAGGGUGGCUACUUCAAAGAAUCUCAAAUAUAUUUUGAUUUGUUUAACACUUUCUUGGUUACUACAUGAUUCCAUGUGUUAUUUCAUAGUUUUGAUGUCUUCAUUAUUAUUCUACAAUGUAGAAAAUAGUAAAAAUAAAGAAAAACCCUUGCAUGAUUAGGUGUGUCCAAACUUCUGACUGGUACUUUUUAUCUCACUCAACAGUCCCUAUGUGUUUGCAUAGUCUUGGAGUGGAGAGAAAUUCCGGGAUUGUGACAUGUAGAGAGGAGAGAGGAUGAUGGAGUGAUGAGAGGGAGAGAAAUGGACAGACAGAUGGGAAGGU